UUACAUUUUCCUGAUUGACCAGUGCCAUCUAGUUGGAAUUAUGCUAAGUUAGAGGCAGAGUCCAAACGAAGAAGACGAACAAAUUCGCAUUGAAAAUCAAAAGUAGUGAGAAGAAAAAUGCAAGGUUUGAAGCCAUUGAUACGACGUCGUUUCAAUGUCAGAGAUUCGAUUAUGGCUUUCACAGACAUCACUGAACCCGAAAAUCUCCAUUAUCGCCUCACCCCCAAACGCAGCUUCAUCGAUUUAUACCAGUUUGGAAAUAAGGAAGCAGUUGCAAAGGAGAGAGCUAGAUUGAAGGAUGAAUUGAGUAGGGGACACUUUGCUGAUCUAAAUGAGUUCAAGCAACAUGGUGGUAAGAUUGCUAUAGCUAAUAAAGUGAUUAUACCGGAAAUGGUAGCCGUGAAAUUUCCUGAUAUCAAAGUCAACUUCUCGGAUGGCAAAACAAUGAAGCUUCCUAUUCGCAUUUCUGAUUACGCGGUUGAUUCCGACAAAUCAUCUGUUCCAAAGGCAUCUCUGGUCUGUCUUUCGUUUCGAGCAAUCUCCCAGGAAAUGAUCAAUUCUUGGACUGUGCCUUUUGCUAAAGCUUUUAGUGACUCGAAAGAUGUUAAUUUAUAUCAGGUAUCAUUUAUCGAUUCAUGGCUUUUAUGCCGGGCCCCUAUAAAACGUCUCCUUUUGUGGUCAAUGAAGAAAUCUAAUCAUAACGAAAACAAGGAUACACUUCAGGGGAAAAUGGUAUAUUCAUUUGGUGACCACUAUUAUUUCAGAAAAGAACUAAAGCUAGUGAAUCUCCUCACCGGGUAUAUCUUCCUGCUAGAUAAUUUUGGCAGAGUAAGAUGGCAAGGUUGUGGAUCGGCAACAGAUGAUGAAGUUUCUUCCCUUCUUUCUUGCACAUCACUUCUUCUAGGUCGGUAAUGAGGUGCAUGACUACGCUAUUGUUCUGUUGUAUUUCAGAAUUUUUGGGCUGUGAUGGAAAAGGUUGGAGGAGAUUUUGCUGUUUUAAAUGGUUUUGUAGACAUUUAUGAAGCUUACUGCUUUUUGGGGGAGGAAAAUUGUAACCCAAGGAAGCUAUUGUUUUUUAUUACCAAUAUUUGUAUAAGUAUUAAGUUGAAAUUCUUUCAGAUAAAAGCAUACACAGUUUUAGGGUUAUCAGUGUUGCUCUUGGCCUGAAGAUUAUCCUUGAGGAUGUAUCUUUUGUAAUGAUCAUUACAUAAUGUGCAUGAUGAAGCGGGUAUCACCUCUUUAUGUCAAUAGA